AAAAUAAUAAAUUAGUGUAGAUGUGUUGGGACUUUUAUUUUGACAGGCAGUGUCACGGAAGCUACAGCAGCGGCAUUGUGUUUAAAAGUUACGGUACAUGAUUAAGUGUGUUUUUAACCUAUUAAUCAAAAUUCAGAAACGAUGCAGAUCUGAAUUUAGUGAAGUCAUGACAGAAGAAGCGCUCCUUGCCCGUGUCAAAGCUUUGGAGGAAGAGGUUGAGAGAUUAAAAUCUCAGCUAAAAGCAGGUAAACAUGGAUCUAUGGAAGAGAAGACCGAAGCAUCUACCAGUCUCAAACCAGAUGUCCUAAACCAUCGGAAGGAAGAAGAGAACAAACCCAAAGGGAGGAAGCGAGGAGCAGAAAGACCCUUCGACUUUUCUGCCCACCCUCGCAGGCAUGCGGCACUGCGGUUGGCAUAUCUCGGCUGGCAGUAUCAGGGCUUUGCUGUCCAGGAAAACACAGACAAUACGGUUGAAGCCCGGCUGUUUGAGGCACUGUUAAAAACAAAACUUAUUCAAGACAGACAGACCUCCAACUAUCACCGCUGCGGACGCACGGAUAAAGGUGUUAGCGCUUUUUCACAGGUUAUAUCCAUUGACCUGCGCUCCAACCAGUAUGAUGGAGGUUUAGGUGUGACAGUACCCGCUGGUGUGGAGGGCAAAAGCAAGCCUGCUUCAGAUGAAUUACCAUACGUUAAGAUGCUGAAUCGAGUUCUGCCUCAGGACAUCAGAGUUCUGCAAUGGGCUCCUGUAGAAACCGGCUUCAGUGCACGAUUUGACUGUAAGUCAAGAACCUACAGGUACUACUUUCCUCGUGGAGAUUUGGACGUGGAUCUUAUGGCCGAGGCAGCCAAACGGUAUGAAGAUACACACGAUUUCAGAAACUUGUGUAAGAUGGACGUGGGUAACGGAGUCUUGCAGUUUCAAAGGACUAUCCUGUCUGCCAGCGUCCAGCCAGCUCAACUCGAAUCCACCUCCGCUAAUGAUCCUCACCAACUCUAUGUGUUUCAAGUCAAGGGUCUGGCUUUCCUCUAUCACCAGGUUCGCUGCAUGAUGGCUGUGCUGCUUCUUAUUGGACAGAAACUUGAAUCUCCAGAAAUUAUUAAUCAACUUAUGGAUGUAGAGAACAACCCAAGGAAGCCUCAGUACAGCAUGGCAGUGGAUUACCCUUUGGUGCUGUAUGACUGUCAUUUUGAGGGUGUGAACUGGGAAACAGAACCUGAGGAGGAGAACUAUGUCCUGAAUUCUCUUCACCAACACUGGGUUCAGACCGCAGUCAAGACCCAGGUUCUGCUCGGCAUGAUCCAGGGUCUCCAGAACAAAACCACAGGUGAGAUGUCCUCGCUGCAGUGCUGGUUAAUGGAAGGAUCGAGGCAGAAGAAGUACCAGCCACUGCUGGCGCGUCCACGCUGUGAGAGUCUGGAGUCCAGAAUCCAGCACUUUGUGAAGAGAGGAAGACUUGAACAAGAGGAAGGAGAGAACGGGGAGGAGACCACGGUGUUCAGGGGUAAACGUUCAAAACAUUCCCAUCUGACCCCAACAAACCAACAGCAGGAGCAGAUGAAUGAAGCACAAACUGAAGAUUGCUCAUCACAAAACCUGUAAAUGGAUAUGAACUUUGCUUUCACUUUUAAUGUGUGCAAAAUAAUUCAAAGGCAUCAGCAGAAAAUGUUUUUUUCUAAGAAUUACAAUUAUCUGCAUUUUUUAGUUGAAGAAAGUCAUAUUUUAUUAAAGGAUUAUUUCAUGUG